AUGGGGAAACCAGAUUUAAUAGAUGGGAAACCAGAAGAAAAAGAAAACGAAGAGACACCAUUAAAUGACACACAAAAUGUUGUACCUAAAAAAAGAACGUUAUUUGAAAAAUUGAAAGCCAUAAAGGAUAAUGUCACUGUAGAACCAAUAAUGGCAUGUUACAUUAUGCCUAGUGUUCUAGCAUCUAUAGCGACACAGAAUUUGAAUUUAGAAAAAGCAUGUCUGGUUAACUUAAAUUACAGUACCGAAGUCUGCGAAGCUUUAAAAGCUAGGAAGACAGAGAACUACGAAUAUUAUGAAAAGGAAGUACAAACACUGAUCGCUAGUAUACAAGCUUGGAAGAACAUUAUCCAAACAGCGUUUCCAGUUUUCAUCAUUCUAUUCGUUGGAGCGUGGAGUGAUAAAACUGGCAAACGAAAAGCGUGUAUCCUAAUGCCAAUUUUUGGCGAGUUCUUAACCUGUAUCGGUUUUAUUAUAAACACAUAUUUCUUUUACGAACUUCCGGCAGAGGUGGCUGCACUUACUGAGUCAAUAUUUCCGGCAUUAACUGGUGGUUGGUAUACGAAUUUUAUUGGUGUGUUUAGUUACAUUUGUGAUAUAACAACAGUCGAAGAAAGAACUUAUAGAGUCGGUAUUGUCAACCUUUGCAUGUCUUUGGGAUAUCCCAUUGGAAGUGCCUUAAGUGGAAUCCUUUUGAGAGAAAUUGGGUAUUAUGGUAUUUUUUCUAUAUCGGGAUCACUUUAUGUGUUCAGCUUACUGUAUGGUAUAUUUUAUUUAGAGGAUCCUAAGCCAAAAAAGGUUGAUAAAAAAUACAGUGGAGUGGUUGGUUUCAUUGUGGAAUUUUUCGACUUCGGCUUAGUAACUGAAACGUUUAAAGUGGCUUUUAAAAAAGGAACAGGAAACAGACGCCUUCAUGUUUGUCUAUUGCUGUUCGUGGUUUUUGUUGUUUUCGGACCAUUGCAGGGUGAAUAUACGAUCAUGUAUUUAUUCGUGAGAUUAAGGUUUAAUUGGGAUGAAAUGAAGUACAGUAUUUGGUCAACAUACAGCAUCAUUACGAAUUUAAUUGGUACCGCCUUUUCAAUGAGUCUUUUUAGUAGCUACCUGAAGAUUCACGACACAAUUUUGGGAGCCAUUUCCUGUAUGAGUAAGAUCGUCGCCUCUUUUGCGUAUGGAUUUGCGAGGAAUGAUCUAGAAAUAUAUUUAGCACCAUUAUUGGAAAUAUUAAACGGAACUUCGUUUAUUGCAAUGCGAUCAAUUGCCACGAAACUAGUCGAUGGUGAGGAAUUUGGCAAGGUGAACUCCUUAUUCGGUCUGGCUGAGGCUAUGACGCCAUUACUGUAUGGCCCACUAUACUCCCAGGUCUACAUUGCCACCCUUCAUGUCUUGCCUGGAGCGGUAUUCCUGCUCGGCGGAUUCCUAACAUUACCAGCUAUCGCCAUAUUCGGUUGGCUUUAUUAUGAACACAGAAAAGGUGAAAGAAGAAAACAUAUGGAAAAGGCAGUUGACGCGGAAGAUGGCCCACAUAAGACUGGUGACAGUGAUAAUUUAAAAUAA